AUGGUGUUAGGAAUGAUAAAUGAGAUUCAACAAUAUCUCGAUGCAAGGUAUAUUGGACCUCCAAAAGCUGCUUGGCGAAUAUUUGGUCAUUCUUUGCAUGCAGAGAUGCCAACAGUUGUACGAUCGGCACUUCAUUUGCCUGGUAUGCAUCGCAUUGUUUUUCACCCAGAAGAGUCAUUAGAAAUGAUUCAAUCUAGAGUUGGUCAAAAAAUGUCAACUAUUACUGGCUUCUUUGUAUAUUGUGCUGCCAAUGAAGAUGAAUGUCCAUUCACUUAUCAAGAAUUUCCACAACAUUUUGUUUGGCUCAAGGGUGCUGGAACAGGGAAAACAUUUCUGUACAAUACAAUUGCAUUAAAAUGUCGCAGCCCUGGGCAUAUCGUUGUUACUGUGGCUUCGUCUGGAAUUGCAUCAUUGUUACUGGUAGGAGGUCGCACUGCACAUUCAACAUUUUCCAUUCCGUUAGAUGUCUUGGAAAAUUCACUUUGUGGGUUUAGCAAACAAUCAUUACAAGCUGAGUUAUUUAGAGAAAUAAAACUCAUAAUUUGGGAUGAAGUUCCUAUGCAACAGAUACAUUGUGUUGAGGCAGUUGAUCAUACAUUGAGGGAUAUUUGUGAUAGUGAAAAGCCAUUUGGGGGUAUUACUGUUGUUCUUGGUGGAGACUUUCGACAAAUCUUACCAGUUAUACCCAAAGGAGUUUGUGAGCAAAUUGUGAAUGCAUCAUUAAGACACUCUAUUCUAUGA